GUUCCAAGGAGGUACCCGGAAGCUAACUGGCUUGGUAGAGACGAAACAACGGGGAAAAAAAUACUUUUAAAGUCCACGUGUCCGCAGCGAGCACUAUCCAGGAUUGUGGGUGGUUGUAGGGUUUGGUCAUUUUUUAUCCGGAACUUAGGUGCUGCGGGAGAACAGCGGCUGAGGGAGCGUUCCCUCUAACCGGAAACGGUCGCUUUCAGGCACUCAAGGAACCUAUUAGCACAGAAUCGGGCGCCAGAGGGCGCUGGGCAGGAUCAGGGACCGGAAGUGCUCAAGGGCAGAGGAGAAAUGAUUCGUCCUAACUUCCGGGAUUCGGUAGGCGGGUGGGAAGCUUGAGAGAACCUGUUGGGGAGUUUAAAUGAUGAGAGGCGACGGAACUCGGGUGAUCUGCGUCUGUUUGGUGCGUGAGAACGUUGAUGUGUCCUGCGCUGUGGGUUUUGGUGCCUGAGCAGAAGCAGUGGGUGGACGACUUACAGGGAUCACACUGGUGGAGAUAAGUAGGGACAGGAUUUAAGCGAAGAGUGACUUUUGAAGCUGUCCCUUCAUUGCUGGUCAGGGGGAUCCAGGGUGAUGGAAUAUGUGAGGCAUGUGGCCUGACCAGUCGGCGACGACUGAGUAUUGCCCACCACCGCUGCGUGACCUCAACUGGUACCUGUAUUCUAGCUUUGAGCACUGCGGCCCGACCAACAGCUCGCCAUGUUCCUGGCGCGCCUGACUUCACAGCUGGUCAGGACUGUUGUUCCCUGGGCAGGUUUCAGUCGUUCCUGGCCUGCCUCGGGGGUGAUUGGCAGCCAUGCUUUUCGACCCCUUUACAGUUUGCAGCCUGCAAGCCCAAGUCGGGCUGCCUCCCUCCCUGGUAAGAGGGCCCAGUUAGAGCUUGAGGAGUUCCUGGUCCCCAGGAAGAUGGCCAUCAGUCCUCUAGAGAGCUGGCUAACUGUUCAAUACUUAUUGCCCAGACUGAAUGCUGAGGUCCCAAUGACUCUGGCUCCCUCCCAAUUCUACAAAUGUCCACCUAGCCAGAGGGAGGAGGAAGCCAAGCAGGGAGUUAGGGAAGUCCGGGAUGCCACUCCAAUGCAUUGCAAAAACGUGCUGAAGAUCCGACGGCGGAAGAUGAACCACCACAAGUACCGUAAACUGGUCAAGAGGACACGGUUUCUACGUCGUAAAGUCCGGGAAGGACGUUUGAAAAAGAAGCAGAUCAAAUUUGAGAAAGACUUGAAGCGUAUCUGGCUGAAGGCAGGCCUGAAAGAAGCCCCUGAGAACUGGCAGACACCGAAGAUCUACAUGAAGAACAAAUAAGUCUGGGUUCCUGUACCUCUGGCUCUCUUGCUGUUGAUGACUCAUUAUAAUAAACAUUGGAAGGACUCAAUUAUUCUAA